UGUCAGUUGUCACUUAUAACCUCUCCUCUCAUGUCGUUUUUUUGUAGGGUGGUAACUGUCAUUGGAAAACAAAAAGAGCCGAAAAUUUUCUGCCAGAAUGGAAAAUAUUAUCUCAAAAUUGCUUGUAGCUGAUAGCAAGACAAUACAAGAGGGAACGAAAGAGCUGAAGGAAGCCUUCAAGAAACCUGAAGCAAUACCGGCGCUAUGCGACGUUAUCGUAACGUCACAAAACCCACAGAUAAGGCAGUCGGCUGCUGUGUUACUAAGGCGAAAACUUGGAAAAAAGCGGCAAUGGAGCAAAAUAAACAUAGACAUCAGGACAAGGAUCAAACAAGGCAUGCUCCAGGCGUUAGUCAGUGAACAAGAGAAGCUGGUAAAAAAUGCUAUUGCACAGUUUAUUGGUGUUAUAGGGAAGCAUGAAUUCCCUGACAAUACUUGGCCAGAAGUGUUACAAUUUAUACAUACCUUAACUGUUAGUGAAUCAAAUUUUGACAAAGAGCUUGGAAUGUAUACUUUAUCGAUAAUGACUGAAAUAGCUCAAAGUUCUUAUAUCGUCCAUGCUGACUCAUUUGCUGUGCUGUUCACGAAUAUCCUGAAUCAACUGACUGACCUUAAAUCCAAUGUAGCUUACUAUACAGUCACUACAAUGAAGAAUCUCGUACCCGUCAUAGGAGGACAUCAACAGAUGGUCAAUGUAUACCACAGCCUUUUGCCUCGUGUUCUGGAAGUGAUUAACGCCACGGCUGAAAAUGACGAAAAACGCACCUGUGACAUGUUUGAGAUCAUCGAAGAAUUGAUAGAAUAUGCCAUCACUGCCAUAGUGCCCCAUAUCACGCUGAUAGUAGAGAUGUGCCUACGUAUUGCUAGCAAUGCAAAUUUACCCAAAAGUGUUCAGAUCAAGGCCGUCAGUGUUGUUGGGUGGUUGAUUAGAUCCAAAGGAAAGGUCAUACAAAAACAUAAGCUGGUGGAACCUAUCAUCGACGUCCUCAUCCUAUUGAUGGCACAAGUUCCGGAAGACGAGGGCAAUGAAGAGUAUUUCCUUGGAGAUCCAGAUCAGUUCACGUCCAUAACUGUAGCUACACAAACGUUAGAUUUGAUUGCCCUCCAUAUACCAGCUGAAAAAGUUGUUCCGUACAUACUGACCAAGGUGGAACCCGCAAUACAAGGUGGUAAUAUUUAUGCUCAGAAGGCAGCCUAUCUAUCCCUAGCCGUGCUAGCUGAAGGGUGCUCAGAGAAAAUAAGGCUUAAAUAUCUAGAAUCAUUUUUGAAAUGUGUUUGUCAAGCAAUACACAAUCCCAAUGCGGUAGUCAGGAACGCUGCAUUUUUUGCGUUAGGCCAGUUUGCAGAACAUUUGCAACCCGAAAUAAGUAAGUAUGCAUCAGAACUACUGCCAAUUCUGUUUGAAUGUUUGAGUCAGAUUUUCACGCAGAUGGAAAUCGAAAAGAAGGACCCACCCAGCUUGGACAGAUUAUUUUAUGCCUUGGAAACAUUUUGUGAAAAUUUAGAUGAUGGUUUGAUGCCGUAUUUGCCCACUCUGAUGGACCGUUUAUUUGUUGCGUUGGAUCCAAUUGGGUUCUCAAUGCAGCUGAAGCGUGUGGCCUUAAGUACUCUUGGAUCUGUCUGUAGUGCUGUGAAAGAAGGCAUGUUACCAUAUUUUAAGAAAGUAAUAGAAGUAUUGAAUGUAUAUAUCAAUUCAGAUCCUAAUUCGGAAUUGCAUCAGCUGCAAUAUUAUGCGAUAGAAUCUUUGGCUGUGGUAGCCCAGUUCAUAGGUCCAGAAAACUUCAAACCCUUAGCAAGCGAAACUUUGCAGCUGGGCAUGCGGAUAUUAGGUGAAACAAGUGACCCUGACGUGAAAAAGAGCGUUUACGCUCUUUUCGCAGCUUUAGCUAUCGUCAUGAAAGACGAAAUUAGUCCAGCGUUACCGAAAGUUGUCAAUGAAAUGAUCGAGAGCAUACGAAGUAGUGAAGGAAUUGUGGCGCACUAUGAAGAGGAAGAAAAAGACGGAAUUGAUAUUUAUGCAGACCUUUCAGACGAAGAAGACGAUGUAGAAGAAGAUAUUGACGGUUCAUCGUCUGGAAGUGUAGAUUCAGCACAGUGCAGAUACUCUGUUGAAAAUUCGUAUAACGAGGAAAAGGAGCAAGCAUGUCUCGCGUUGAGGGAGAUCUGUGUUAACACUGGACGUGCUUUUCUACCUUAUAUCGAAACGUGCUUCGAGAAAUCUCUAAAUUAA